AUGAUGUUAGACCAAAUUGAAUAUUCAAGCCCCACAGCAGAAGAUGAUCAUGAGGGUUUUAGCUGCAUGAGCUCACUUGAAGCUGCUGGCAGUGUGAAGAGGAAGAACAGCAAAAACAAGAAGAGAUUCAGUGAUGAACAGAUUAGGUCAUUGGAGUCUUUAUUUGAGUCUGAGUCAAGGCUUGAGCCAAGGAAGAAGAUGCAAUUGGCCAAGGAGCUGGGUUUGCAGCCAAGACAGGUUGCAAUUUGGUUUCAGAACAAGAGAGCUAGGUGGAAGUCCAAGCAGCUUGAAAGAGACUACAGCAUACUCAGAGCCAAUUACAACAACUUGGCAUCAAAGUUUGAAGCUUUGAAGAAAGAAAAGCAGGCCUUGGUUAUUCAGUUGCAGAAGCUGAAUGAUCUGAUGAGGGAAAGGCCAGAGGAGGAGAGGCAGAGCUGUGGUGAAUCAGACAAUGGAGAUGCAGCUAGGUCUGAAUCUGAUCAGGUAAAGCUUAAUCAUCUGUCACUUGAAAAAUCAGAGCAAGGAGGGCGUGGGGUUUUGUCAGAUGAUGACAGCAGCAUAAAGGCAGAGUAUUUUGGGCUUGAAGAUGAACCAAACCUUGUGAGCUUGGUUGAAUCUGCAGAUGGGUCCUUGACAUCAACCGAGGACUGGGGCAGAUUGAAUUCUGAGGGUUUCUUUGACGAGUCAAUUAGCAGUGAUUAUCAGUGUGUCCAAACGGCAUUGCGUUUCAACGCUCGGGCACUUGGCUACACUCCCUCCUUCCUUAUCACGCUCCGUGCUGCUGUUGCUGCUACUGCUCUGAUAGACCACCAAAGCAGCGCCUUCAAGCCCAUACCUUCUCUGGUCCUCUACAUUCUUGUACCCAUCUUCUUCUUGGGCCUCUCGGUCUCCAUCUUCAUCCUCAUUGUGGUCCGCAACGCCCUCUUCUUCAUCUCCUUCCUUGUGCUCUCUGCUCUUGUUUUUGCUUUCGUUGUCUGGAACAAGCGUCACUGGGCGAAGAAAGCUGCAUUCUUUUUGUUCCUCAACUCUCUUCCUGAGUCUGACCUUCGUCUCGCUCAGCACGGGCAGCUUGUUAAGAUCACUGGGAUUGCUUCAUGUGAGAGUCUCUCCCUGGAAUCUUCAUAUGAAAAGGCUACCGGAUGUAUCUAUGCGUCUACUCUUUUAUAUGAAUAUAGGGGAUUAACUCUACAGCCAGUGAAUGUCAAUAGAUCAUGCUUCCAGUGGCAUUUAGCAUAUUGUGAGAGAUUCUCCACAGACUUUUACUUAACCGAUCAGAAGUCUGGUCUUAGAACUACUGUCAAAGCUGGUUCUGGUUGUAAAGUUAUUCCACUGGUCGUUGAGAGCAAACUUGUCAACACUAAAAGUUGUAGACUCCUCUCCCCUCACUUGAGGAAAUGGUUAAUUGAGAGAAAUCUCUCGACUGAAUCCCGUCUACUACGUCUGGAGGAAGGGUAUGUACAAGAAGGCAGCUCUGUGACAGUAUUUGGAAUGUUGCAUAGAAACAAUGAGAUGACUACGAUUGUUCAACCACCAGAAGUAAUCUCCACCGGGUGUCUAUGGCGAAAACUGCUUCUCCCAGUCGACAUUGAUGGGCUGAUCCUAAGGGUCUCUCAACUGGCUCAGCAGUCUGCCAACCCAAAUUCUAUACAAUAG